CUUGGAUGCUUGGGUGCUCUGGCUGGGCUGAGGGCUGGUGGGUGGCAGCACUUGCAGGGCUGGCAGGCCAGAUGCCUGGGUGCUCUGGCCUGGAGCACGGGCAGGUCUCCCAUCCUGGGGAAGAGUCCUCUGCGCCCGCAUGGCAGGCGGUGGGUGACAGCGCUGGCAGCCCAGAUGCCCAGGUCCCCCAGCAGAGGGGGUGGGCACUGACAACGUGGUGCCCGCAGGCCGAGGUGCGAUGAGCGCCGUUCCCCCUGAGGCACUGGUUGCGGCGUUCCUGCAAUUCAUUGAGGAGCGCGGUGGACGGGCCUACGGGGCACUGAACCAGGCCCGUGCCGCCACGGCCACACCUGGCCCCACCGACAUGAACCUGCUGUACCGCAAGGGCAAGCUGGACUGGCGCCAGCCCAAGGACGACGAGGCCCGCAAGGGGCCGGGCAAGGAGGCGGGCGCAGGGCGGGUGCGGGACGGGGCCUCGUUCCGCCGCCACUUCCGCAUGGGGUUCCUGACGAUGCCGGCAUCGCAGGAGCAUGCACCACGCCCAUGCGUGGGGGGCAUGGCACCGCGCUCCCUGUCCUGCCACUCCGUGGGCAGCAUGGACAGCACUGAUGAGCCACCUGGUGCCCGGUGCCCACCUGCCAAGCCCCAGCGCCACCCCAGCACCAAGCUCAGCACUGCUGGCUAUGGCCCCACCCCCAAGAAGGCCGGCCUGCCGAAGUCCAGCUCGGAGAGCCGGGAACCGGCCCGCAAGGUGCCUCCAGAGAAGCCCAAGCGCAACCCCAACACGCAGCUCUCAGGAUCCUUCGACGAGGCCUAUGGGAGUGGCGGGGGGCGGCUCCCGCUCCGCUACGCCCGCGCCUUCUCACAGCCGGGCCCCGCCAAGGGCCCCGACCUCGAGGAUGAGGAGCCUGUGUACAUUGAGAUGGUGGGUGAUGUGCUGCACGGUGCAGGAGGUGGGGGGCCACCACCCGCUCCGCCGGCACCCCCAGAUGAGGACUCGGACGAGAGCGAGGCCAUCUAUGAGGAGAUGAAAUACCCACUGGGCGAGGAUGGGGCGGGCGAGGCAGUGCCUGGCUCCCCCCGUGCCCGUCCCCCGCCCACCUGUGAAAUCCCCCCGCCUUUCCCCAACCUGCUCCAGCACCAGCCCCCAUUGCUGGCUCUGCCCCAGGCGAAGGGGCAUAAGGGCAGCAGUGGCAAAGCCGGGGUGGGUGCUGAGGCUUCCAAGCUGCCCAUGCCUUGCCCCACCAGGGAGGCGGCCUCCCGUGCCCGCAGCCACUCCACCCCACUGCCCCCGCAGGCGGUGGCCAAGGUGACAGCACCCUCGCUGCUGCCCGUGCCCCAGGCGCCCAAGGACAAGGGCCCUGUGGCCUACGCCAUGCUUUAUGCAGCCGGCCCGCCUGAGCGUGAGCUGGCCGUGCUGCAGGGGGUGCUGUGCGCCCGGCCCCCCCGCCCAGGGCUCCUGUGGACCUACCCUGCUGCGGCCUAUGGGGCCCUCAAGCGCCCGCCCGCCUACGAGAGCCUCAAGGGGCCGGCAGUCAAGGCGGGCGCAGGGCCCAGGCCUCAGGGAGAGGAGGAGGCGCCGGGCACCAGCUGGGCCUUGCAGCGUCGGGGGCUGUACAGCAGCCGUAAAGAGGCAGCAGAAGGCACCCUGGUGUGGAACGGUGGGGCCGAGGCGCGGCUGAAGCCGGAGCAGGAGGAGAAGGCAGUACCUGGGGUGGGGCCCUCAGGCAUCCCUGUGCGGGGCCCAGCCCCCGAUGGCAGUGCACACAAGAUGAUGGGUGGGCGGACAGGACUGCCAGUGCCCUGCCAGACCUUCCCUGCCUGCCACCGCAAUGGAGAUUUCCCAGGAGGCUACAGGUUGGGCCGCUCGGCCUCCACCUCAGGGGUGCGCCACGCCAUGAUCCACUCGCACCGCCCAUGCAGCCAGCCCAGGGACCCCGCCAGCCUGGCAUUGCAGCAGGCGGCAGCAGCAGCAGCAGCAGCAGCACCGCGAGAUGGGAAGCUACUGGAGGUGAUCGAGCGCAAGCGCUGCGUGUGCAAGGAGAUCAAGGCGCGGCACCGGCCUGAGCGCAGCCUCUGCAAGCAGGAGAGCAUGCCCAUCCUGCCCAGCUGGCGCCGCGGCCCUGAUGGACGCAAGGCUGGCACACCGCCCUGCCGCCGCCAGCAGACGGUGCUCUGGGACACGGCCAUCUGACCUCCAACCUCUGCUCCCCCUCCCAUGAUGAACUAGAGUGGAGGGUGCCGACGGUGCCAGGCGCAUCCUGAACUGGGGGUUAUAAUGUGAAUCUACCCCCCCACCAUGAGACGCGGCUGGACCGACACCGGAUGUUGGCAGCAUGGCCAUAGUGGGUGGGGUUGUGGCACGGUGGGGUUGGGGGUGCCACUUGGACACCUGGGUUCCCCCCACACUCCCUCCUGUAUUUAAUUCACAUGCAGGGGCGAGGGGAGGGGGGUGGGGGAGCGAAAGGCCGAAACUGCUUUGCAUACUAUUUAUGCGGGGGUGGGGCGGGGCGGGACGGGCAGUGGGUAUUUAUAUUGUCCAAUAAAACACCGAGAGUGGGAGCUUUCCCUUUUCA